GCCCGCCCACCGUCGGCAGCCCGCCCGCCCACCGUCGGCUGGCGCGUGCGCGCGCGCAUUAACGGAAUUUGCGAUCGAGCACGCAGGGACCACCGACUAAUGUUUAAAUGGACGCAUCGUCCAUUAUCACCCAAGUGUCGCGGGAUGACGAGUUAGGCGCGUUCAACAGCGAGAAAGCCCAGUUACCUCGAGAAAAUGAAGCAGCUAACAAUACUUUGUCGAAUAACAAGAAGCCAAGGGGACGUGGGCUCUUACGCUCACUGUUCUGUUGCUUUGGAAGAGGCCGUAGUGGUAGUUCAAAGAGCUCCAAGGCGAGUUCUUUACAGGGUGAGGGACGUGGGUCGCCACCACCUGGCACUGGAUCUCCAAGAUUUCUCCUACCACCAGUUAGGCACCAAGACAUGCACAAAAAGUGCAUGGUAAUAGAUUUGGACGAGACCUUGGUGCAUAGUUCUUUCAAACCUAUCAACAAUGCAGACUUUGUUGUUCCUGUAGAAAUUGAUGGUACGGUACAUCAAGUGUACGUCUUAAAGAGGCCUUAUGUGGACGAGUUUUUGCAGAGAAUGGGUGAAUUAUAUGAAUGUGUAUUGUUCACUGCAAGCUUAGCUAAGUACGCCGAUCCAGUGGCAGAUUUGUUAGAUCGGUGGGGGGUAUUCAGAGCAAGGUUAUUCAGAGAGUCCUGUGUGUUCCAUAGAGGAAAUUAUGUUAAGGAUUUGAACAAAUUAGGACGGGAUUUGCAGCAAAUCAUUAUUGUAGAUAAUAGUCCUGCCAGUUACAUUUUCCAUCCAGAUAAUGCGGUUCCAGUAGCAUCUUGGUUCGAUGACAUGACAGACUCCGAGCUAUUGGAUUUAAUCCCCUUCUUCGAAAAGCUCAGCAAUGUGGAAAACAUCUACACGGUGCUGUGUAAUAGCAAUCAUCCUUACAAUCAGAUACCGGCGCACGCGGUGCAGAGCAAUCAGAGCCUGCCGACUUCAAUUUCAAUGGCUGCUUCCUAGCCCCACCUGAAUCCUGGCAAUACAGCCAGUCUUGUUGCUCAAUGCACCUUGCGGAGGAUUCUGAGGGGACUGCUUCAUGUGACCCACUUGCUAUGUGGCGAAGGACCUCAAAAUGCCCCUCGUUGAUAUUUGGGAAAACCGCUCUGAUCAGCGCAGCCAAAUGUCUUAUAUCUUGAAAAGUGCAUCAUUUAAGUCACAGCUGCUGAUAUCCUUCUUCCUGGCGAGCAAUGUAACGAAGACUGAAUCAGCUUCGAAGCGCGAGUGUUCUUCCAUUUUGCACCAAGCAUAAAAAAAGAUGACCAACUAUAUCGAUCCUGUCUGCAUUGGUAGAUUGAAAAUGUUGUCUGUACUCGACAAAGAACAUAGUGAAAGAUGGAACCAGGAAUCUUCGUCAAGCAGAAAAGUUAAUUGAUCGCUACAAAAAAGAAAGCGAUGGUUAGGGCGACUGCCUAUGGUGAUUGUAUACUGGAAAAAUGUUAAGUGUUAAAACAAAAAAGAAAGAAAGAACGAAAGUAUGAAGAGAAAAAAGAAGAGAGAUCGCUCCGAGUCGUUUGAUGGGCCAUGCUGUGCAUUGUUGCCGUGUAGUUUUUCUAUUCGAGU